UGCCAACAUCCUCCUCCCUUUCGCCAUGGAACUGUCUCGAUCCUUCUUCGCAAGACCCGUUAGAACAACACCGACGCCAAGAAACACAGCUGUGUUUGUUGAAACUCGCCACUUGGGUCGAAAUCUGAAACGGGUCUUUGAGUUUAGCCCAUUUGGAGGCAGUUCUCGAGUGUCCAUAGCCAGGGGCUCAGUUCAUCACCUCUUACUUGCUGCUCCAGUCGAGACAUCCUCUACUUGUCCGGAAAUCGAAUCCAAAACAGAAAAGUUAGAAGCUUUAGAGGAAGGCAUUGAGAAGGUUAUUUAUCGGUGCCGCUUCUUGACGAUUCUGGCAGUUUUUGGCUCCCUGGUUGGAUCAUUUCUGUGUUUUGUAAAGGGUUGCACCUAUGUUGUGGCAUCUUUCACUGAGUACUUUGUUAAUAAUAGCAAAGUGAUUAUAUUGCUGGUAGAGGCCAUAGAUGUCUAUCUCUUGGGAACUGUGAUGCUGGUCUUCGGAAUGGGACUUUAUGAACUUUUUGUUAGCAAUCUCGGUCCUGCCCAUUCACAGUCAGGCAAAGGAGUUCCACAGGGGUCAAAUCUUUUUGGCUUAUUCACUCUCAAGGAACGACCUCAAUGGUUGGAAAUCAAAUCUGUCAAUGAGCUGAAAACAAAAGUUGGCCAUGUUGUAGUAAUGCUGCUGCUUAUUGGUUUCUUUGAAAAGUGUAAGAAAGCAGUCAUUCACUCUCCCUUGGAUUUACUUUGUUUCUCCGCUUCCGUACUAUUUUGCUCUGGUUGCCUCUUUCUACUUUCAAAGCUCACUGACUAAAUGAAUUCCUUUUGUAUAUAGUUCAGUUCUUAUAUUAGUUUAUGGAUUGAAAGAACCAAAUAAUCUGAUAUAUAUGCUCAUAUCAUUAUCAUCAUCCGAGUCUUUAUCCUAAGUGUUUGGGAUCGGCUACAUGAGUUUAUGAGUAAAUCAAUAGGAAUCCACUAUGUGUAUUUGUUUU